GAGAAAUAGGGAAAAAAGGAAAUUUAUUUAAUAGAUUUCUCAAAGAAAAUAUAUGGAAUAAGAUUUAAAUGUUUGAAAACAAUAUAAAAGCAGAUAUAACUGAAUCAAUUAAGCUAUUAAGAUUCACACAGAACAAAAAAGUGAUAGUGGGAGCAGUUCAAAAUCAGGCUGAACAAGUUCCAAGUGGGAUGGCCGGAGAAGGAUUGAAACCUAAUUUUCCUGGUGGAGCUGUGGCGGGAUCGCCGUACUCGGUAGCGAAAACGUCUGUGUGGUGGGAUAUAGAAAAUUGUCAGGUACCCAGGGGAUGCGACGCUCAUACAAUCGCUCAGAAUAUAAACAGGGCAUUGAUGGAUAUGAACUAUCAUGGACCAGUCACCAUUUCCGCCUACGGAGACAGCAAUGCCAUUCCUUCCUUCAUUCAACGUGCCCUCUCUAAUACUGGAAUCGCUCUCAAUCACAUCCCAUCCGGGGUUAAGGAUGCAAGGGAUAAGAAAAUUUUAGUGGAUAUGCUAUUUUGGGCAGUGGACAAUCCUGUACCUGCAAAUUAUUUGCUUAUUUCAGGAAGCACAGACUUCUCGUAUGUCCUUCAUCAGUUACGAAUGAGGAGAUAUAACAUUCUUCUAGCACAACCUUUUAAUAAUGCUUCUCCUGCUCUUGCUGCUGUUGCAACGAAUGUCUGGCAAUGGACUACUCUUGCUGCUGGAAAAUCUACACGACAACUUGCUUCUCGUAAUACCAACACAUCACGUCAAUAUUAUAUACCGAUUUCAAUUUCUAAACCUACAUCAGCAAACCAACCUUCUAAUGCCAAUGCCAAUUCUAAUGCUUCCAAAGCCCAAAGUCUAUAUGAUCCUGGACAUUAUUCUGAUGCUAAAACUAUUUACGUGCCUAAGAAAUCGAAUCAACUGAGUACGACCAGCAUGUCAACAAACCAACCUGCUUUUUCCAAUGCCCAUGCCAAUUACAAUGCCAAUGCUAACGCUUCCAGGGCCCAAAGUUUAUCUAAUCCUGGAUGCUAUUCUGAUAAAAAAACUAAAGCUAUUUAUGUACCUAAAAACUCGAAUCAACUGAAUAUGACCGGCAUGUCAAAUACACCAGCUCUAGUUGAAGAAACUAGUAGCAGGUACACUAGUGCAAUUAUUUGUGUGUGUUGUGUGUUUAAUUCCCAACAUGUACAACACCUCUUUUUCACAAAGUCUGAUAGUUCAGAGAAUCACAACAGUAAAUUCAUAGAAAAUGAGUCUGCUCAGCAUACUCAAUCCCAACCUUCUCUUGUUCCAGAUAACUUUGUGAAAUUGAACUCUAAUUGCCAGGGCAAUGUGCAACCCCCGCUUCAACGACCUGAAGGUUCUGGCAGGGGUGAUUUAUGUGUUUCUAUGAACAAGGGUGAUGUACCUCCUGACUUUUCCUUCCUUCCACCCUCAUCGAAUGUUUCUAAAUCUGUCUGUGGUAAUUUAGAUUUGGAUCUCCAGCUGCCUGAACACAUUCAAAGUCUUAUACGGGUCAUAGUUAAUUCGUUGAACACUUUGAGGCUCGAGAAGAUUUUGCCUACCAAAGAAAACCUUGGUUACUGUAUACGCUAUAGUAAACCUGAAUAUCGUCAUACUGAUGUUACAGUAGCCAUAAAUACUGCACUAGAGCAACAGUAUAAGGAUGCAAUUUGGAAUGCGAUUGAGGAAUUUCUUUGUUCAACUGUUGGACAUUCAGCAAUAGCAGCAUCUGAAUGCAGGUAUGAAGCCGCUUUGAUUCUUAGAAAUGCAUGCCUCAAAAAUCUUACAUUGGGAGAAGUACUUCAAAUCCUGAAUAUGAUUAUCACUCUGAAGGGUUGGAUCAAAACUCACUCUGAGUGGCAACCAAUUAUUGUCACUCUUCCAACGACUAAUAAUGAUAAGGAUACCAUGUCAUAG